AUGACUCGGCAGAAAGGCAAUUCAUCGAGGAUUUUGACUCAAGAAUCAUCCAGUCAAGCAGCAGCUCCCGGAAGCUCGCAUCGACCCCGUAGCAAAAUCGGACAGUUUCUCAAGAAGCUCAAGGAGGAUGCAAAAAGAUUUAGGAGGCGCUCGAAGGAUUCGCGCAGCCAAGUCAGCCCUGCUCCUCCAAGUAGUGAACGUCUAUCUACCCCAAAUACCGAUGCUGCUCCAUCCGAUGUGGAAAUCGAGGCUGAUACUGAAUCGGCACUUCGGGGUGCACAAGAGGUUGCAAAUCGCAUGCAUCCACUUUCAGGCCCUGCGAUAACUGCAGCAUCUGUCGUCGAAGGGGACCAGAGGAUCUCGAUGCUGCUGACGAUUUCCAGGACACAUAUCUCAAACCCCUCAAGAUAUUCGACGACGUUAUUGAAGAUCGCUGAUUUACAUCCAUAUGCAAAGAUGGCACUGGGCGUGUUGUCUUGUACCGCCAAAAUCAUUCUAGCUCAAACGAAUCGUGACGCAGCGGUACUCAAACUUCUGAAGAAGUUGUGCGAAGUUUACGACUUCAUAACACAAGACGGGAAGCUUGACCAACAACUGUCCAUGCGCGCUACUAGUGUUCUUGGAAAGAUUUCUAAGCAGAUACGUGAAUGCGCCAAUUUCAUCAGUAAUUAUUCGGAGACCAGCAACUUUUGGAAGAGACUCGGAAAGAACAUCGCCUCGGAAACGACAGAUACGAUCCAAAAGUACAAUGACGUGUUAGAUGGGCUCAUGGACAACUUCCGGCACCAAGUUUUGCUCGAUGUAGCCGUACGGGUCGACGACAUAGACAUACAGGUCCAUCAUAUAGGACAAAUACUGGAGCUCAGCGGUAUGACCUAUGCAGAGGGCGCGGGACUCGAUACCAGGAAAGAAUGCCUACAAGGAACGCGCACGGAAGUACUUUCUGACAUUACGAGUGGGCAAGGGAAAAUCAGCCAUCGCACACACCAUUUCUAA